AUGGCUUUGUUCAAUAAGGUUAUCUACAAUCAACUGAAAUUUGGGCUUGAGAAAGAUCAUACAAAUACCAGUGGUGCAGCAACAGGAGUAUUUGCACUAUUGGAUGAUUCAUGGUUAUCUGCUGAUAGCUUUUUAUACCAUCUUUGCAAGGACUUCUUUUCAUUGAUGCUAGAUGCCUCAUCUGUUGAUGGACAUCUGCUGUCGUGGACGAGGAAACUUAAAGAGCUGCUUGAGAACAAUCUAGGGUGGGAAUUUCAGCUAAACACUGUAGUCAAUGGAAUAUACUUUGAAGAAGAUGACGAGUUUGCUCCGGUAGUAGAGAUGUUGGAUGACCCAAGUUGUAACUAA